GUGAAUGUUUCAAACCGAGAGAGACUGUCAGACAAACUUCAAACGUUGCAGCUCAUUGAAAGGAUGGAACGGGAAAUUUUUUGGAGCCCGGUUUCUCUUUGCACAUGGCCGGUUUUCCUUAUUUGGCCGAGGAAUCUGGUCUGACAUGAGGUACCAGAGCUAACUUGACUAUUUCUGGCUCCGAUUCCAAUAAUAGAAUUCAAACCACAAGUUUCAGACUACCUGUCAGAAUUAUAUAAAGACCAAGAAGUCUUGGUUCCGGCGUCAUUGACCAGUGCCAUGAAAUUCGCUCAUUUAGUUACUUUUCUGCCUCUUGUGCAGGCAUUUCCGCUCGCUAAGCGCGACAGCACCGAACUGACCAUUCAGAAUCGGCUGGGCAAUUACUAUGAGGUUGAAGGUGUUGUAGGGGACUACUUCACCAACCUUUCGUUCGUUAUCAACUCGGCUCAAGACGACUCUUGGGUCUGGUCUGACCAGUUCAACACUAAUUUAUCAAACACUUUCGUAUCUUCGACCGAGGAGUUUUGUUUCCAGGACUUUGUCACAGACAUGACUGUGUCAGGUGUUUAUGGCUCGGACAAGGUGUUCCUCGAAUCACUGGGAGUCGACAGCUUGAAAUUUGGAGUUGCCACCACCAACCAGGUAGGCUACAGCGCAUCUUUGGGACUCGGCAGCUCGAGCUCGUUUAUUGAGGCGCUCUAUAAUGCUGGCCAAAUUUCAAGCAAGAUUGUGUCUAUCUGGCUACAAAACAAUAGAUCUCCUGGUAAGAUCAAGUUUGGUGGCACAGACAGCUCUCUUUAUUCCGGCAGCUUGACCUAUGUCGACCUGAUUGAGUACCAGACCGACAAGACAAACGGUGGAUAUUUUAUUUCACUGGACACAAUUGAGACCUCAUCUGGCUCUAAGCUCGCGAGUAGACAGACCGGCUAUAUCGACACCGCUUCUGUUCUUUCCUACGUUCCUUCUGAAGUUCUGCAACAAAUAACGGACGAUCUGGGAGCCAGCGUUGACCAGGCCAGUGGCUUGUGGACAGUUGACUGUGGCACAAUUGAGACCACAGACUUGAGUUAUAACUUCGUUUUUGGCACCACUGAUAUCAAAGUCCAGGCAAAUCAGCUAUUUUUCCAGGAAUCAGACACCUGUUACCUGACAGUGACAGAGACUCAAAUUGACAGCGUUGUCGUGUUGGGUCAGUCGUUUCUUACGAGCAUUUACUUGGUGUUUGAUCUAGACAAACAACAAGUUGGCCUGGCUCAGGUUGACGUGGACCGGAAUGUGGUCACCAGCUGCUCUCUCUGCUCGCAUUCGACCACAAUCAGCAGCAGCUCUUUGACUACGACUUCCACCUCUUCGUCCACAAGCAGCUCUAGCUCUCCUAGCUCCAGUUCCAGUUUCCGCACAAGCUCUAGCUCCACAUUUUCGACAACAAGCGAGUCAACAAGCUUGACUUCAAGCAGUGUGGUUCCCAAGACUUCGAGCCCAGUUUCUACCUCAAGUACCAGUGCAACCACUUCGACCUCAUCGACUCCUAGCUCCACGUUUAGAAGUUCCAGCCAGUCCACAUCCACUACGCCUCUUUCGACCCCAAUCAGCACCAGCAGUUCGUCAAUGGGCAGCACAUCUAGCCUCAGUUUCAGCUCCUCAACACAGCCCUGCUCCGGAUCAUUGGUUACCACAACUUAUUCCACAACUAUUUCCAGCAGCGACUGGAGCACCGUCUCUGUGGUGACCAAUUAUGUGUGCUCAUUUGCUGUUUCCAGCUUCCAAACCACCACCGAGACCACGUGCACAAUAUGCACAAGCCCACCGUCAAGCCCUGAGGUUGUGAUUGUCUCCAGCCACCAAUCAUCUGCAACACCACAGUCGACACUCACCUCAAUAACAGACAGGAGCACAAGCUCGACACAGACUCUUCCAACCUCAUCCACUGCUCCACCACAGGUGACCACCGCCUCCAGCUCCUCUACCCCUGAGAGCCAGUCAAGUACGCUCGCUUCAACCUGGAUCACCACCAGCACUCCAGAAACACCUAGCACGUACGAAACGACUGUGCACACCGGAGACACGGUCACGGAGACACAGAGCUGCAGCACAGAAUCAGCCCCAGAAAGCACUACUGUCAGUACCUCCUCUCAGACUCCGUCACCUUCCACCUUUUCUUCUCAAAAGGAGACGUCUGUAACACCAGCUACCCAAUCCACACAAACCAUCACCGAGGACUGUUCCUGCUCUACCUCAGCCUACGUUUCUUCGGGAAACACUAUAUUCACAGUUGUUUCUACUUACACCAGCGCUCACUCUGCCCUUGUGACUCCUUCUACCAGCAGCUCUCUGCAGUCUGUUAGUCAAUCACACGCACCUAGUUUGUCGUCCCUAGCAGACUACUCUUUCGCCAGCUCUCCAUCAACCACACCAGCCCAUACCGUUCUGACUUUCGUGGGAGGUGGCGUGCGAAACCAGGUCAGCCUCGCUGCCAUCCUGCCUGUGCUUCUUUAUAUUCUCUAG